GGGAAGGACGUAAGCUUGGGUUGUGAGAGAUACCAGUUGGUGUGUAGGGAAUACACCCUGUGUCCAGCCAAGUGAUGGCUUUUAGGAGUUUGUUUUUACAGAGUUUUCUUUGCACUCCUGGUGUCUUUCGUGCCUUGCCUUCCUUCCACAGCUGCUGGUGUGACCCAAUACCCAACAAGGACAACGGCACGUCCACUUAGGGCUAUGCUCGUGUCCACUUCAGCUCUUAGACAAACCACCACCAAACCAAAGACUAUUCCAUCUUCAACCUCCAAACCCACGACAAUUUCUCCGAGGUUCGGAACUAUUCCUGGUCCACGUCUACCUGAGACUAAACCCCACAACACAUAUCACAGUACUGCUCGUGAGACCAAACAUUCAACAAAGGCAACGACACAUCGACUGAGGGCUAUGCCAUCGUCCACUUCAGAUUUUAGACAAACGACCACCAAACUAAGGACAAUUCCAUCUUCAACUUCCACACCCACGACAACCCUCCGGAAGUCGCACCGGUUGUACGAUUCUUUUGAGCUGAAAUUCCUAAAUGACAGCCCCAGUGUUACUGUUGAAAACGGGGUGGAAUCCCACCUGGAUUUCUUCCUUCGUGAUUUUGCAUCUCUGAAUAAGCUCAUACGCAUCAUUGUUCAGUAUCAGAGAAGUGGUGGCAACUAUGACAAUAAAUGCCAGAUGAAGCACUCAAAGACAAGCGGAUGUACUGUUUUAUUUGGACCAUGUGAAUGUGUGGGGGAACAGUCAGGAUCGUUUCGAUACCGGCUAAAGAUGAACUUCACAGAGCAGGAUAGCGGCUCUUUGCAUUUCAGCAUAGUGGACCAUAAUUCAUUCUUCGUCAACGUUAAUGUUGUUUCUGCUGUUCAUGCCACCCAAUAUCUCACGAGGCCAACGACACAUCAAUAUAAGGCUAUGCCCGUGUCCACUUCAGCUCCGCUAACAACCACCAUCAGACCAACGACAAUUCCUUUUUCAACCACCACACCUACGACAACUUCUACAAUGGUAGAUCUAGCUACAAAAGCUGCCACGAGACAUCUUGAACUCGACACUCCUGAUCCACUUAAGACUGAAGCCGACAACCAUAAUGGCGGCACCGAAGAUGAACCUGAGAGUGAGGAAGCCCUUCAGUCAAACGGGUCAAGUAUUGUUGUAAUGAACUUUCUCACCAUCAGUUUCAUACUGCUGGCGUCCCACUGGGGGCUGUGACCAGUUAUUUACAAUUGUUCCCUCGAGAUAUUGUGUCACCCCUCAAUGUACCUAGCUCACGAUUCUCAUGGCACUGCAUCAAAUUUCCUAAUCGCUAAACAUCUUGUACAAACUGUGACUCACACUUCUUUGUGUGAGCAAUCUACUACCCUGUUUCAAAUCAAUGAAUACAAAUUUAUUCAUGAACAUUAGAUUACCUAGAUUGUAUUGCUGUAUUUUACUGUAUAUUCAAUGAGGGCUUUGAUUUUUUUUCUGCUUGAGUUUAUUUAAUUUCAGUUAACUCUGGUUUUAAUUAGCAUUCCACAUUGCUUUGAGAGAAUGGUGUGAAUUUAUGGUGAGUGUACACCAUUCUACUAAUUUUUGUGAUUUUUGUGUGUUAUAAAAGGACAAUACAUGUUAUUUUUGUCUAUCCUCUCCAGCAAACCCCUAUCUAAACUUUGUUGUAUUUACAAGUCUUUUCUGAUCGCUCUGUCAACUUUUACUUUGUUUACUUGCUUGUUUAUUUAUUGUUUUGAAGUACUGAAUUUGAGAUGCAUUUCUGUUGUGCUGUACUAACCUGUUUGGUUUCUGGGAUGGAUCCCACAGUUGAAGGUUAGAGUUUGGUUACUCAUAGAGUAAUUUCUCCUUUUUCUUAGUGCCUAUUGUAAUAGUUUGCAAUUACUUCUAUUACUAGCCUCCUGAGCUGUAGAAGGAAGGCAAAGAACAAAACUUGUUUCCAUUGAAAAAUUAAUAACUGUCUUGGAUCUGUGGAGAAACAUAAAACAUGAGACGACGACAGCAGGGUUAUGAAAAAGCAAGUAGUUCAUGAAAAGCUUAGACAUGUUUUUUUGUGUAGCCCAGAUAGUGUACACUAAAUAAGAGGAACUUAAUUAUCAGACAGGAAACUGGAUGUGGGGCAAGUGUUGAGUUUUAUGAGUGAUCAGUAUAAGCAUCAGGACAAAUGCCCUUCGACCAAAACUGAAAGAAGAGAAAUUUCUAAUAGGCUAAAUAAAUUUCAUUGCCGUUCUCAAGACAUUAAAAAGAAAUUUUGUUGACCAUUGUGGCUAGACUUUCUGAAAAUAUUUCAGGAGGGCCCUGUUUAGUCGACUUUAAUCUCCAGAGCAGAAAUGCGAAGCAUCUUUGAAUAUAAACUUAACAUGUACAAGCCAAAUAAUAAUAAUAAUAAUAAUAAUAAUAAUAAUAAUAAUAAUAAUAAUAAUAAUAAUAAUAAUAAUAAUAAUAACAAGAUGGAUUGCACCUUCUGUGCAGACCAGUAAUGAUAAACGAACGAUAACAGCCAGUUGACAGUGAGGUACGUAUAGGAUGACAUAAACUGAGUGAGCGAUUACUCUUUUCUUUAUAAUUAUUAUUAGUAGUAACCUACUUAUAUAUUCCUUGAAAGUUUCUGUUGUUCCAAACAUUUGGAAAAUGUUCAUCUAUCUGUCCAGGUUAUCCAUCUAGUUCAAAUGACCACAAUAAACUAAGCAUCGCUUUCUUAAACAACAAAUGGCCUCGUGUGGACAAUCCUGCUUUCUAGGUUGCACUGCUCAUUUAUUUCUCUUCUCCCUUCAACACAAAUCAACCUCGUUUCGUGGUGCUUAAAUUUCCGGCUUUUAAAGUCUCUCCUAGAAUAAUUCUUUUCAUUUACAGUUUCUUGCCGGCGAAUCUCAUCUUCCCGUACCCUCAUUGGGCUUUUCCCGGGGUACUGUUUCCUGUUUACUCUCCUAUGGUCGUAGAUAUACACUGACGGUGAGUCGUUGCCCUGGGGAAACGUGAAAAACUCAAGAAUAAGUGGUUUUGUCUCCAAAGUUCUAAGGCGGUGUUUGAACCCCGUAGAUGUUGUUUCAUCUUGGAGAAACAAGAAACAUGAAGUAGUGUCCGUGGGAUUUUGAAACUGUUUUGUAACUACAAAAACAAUAUUGUUUUCCUUGACGUUGCAGUUGUUAUCCUGGAGAAACGAUAACUCUCGAUUGAUAAUUACAUUUCCUGUUCUGUUCACUUGGAUGUAUUGUGUGAAGUUUAGAGAAGAUUAAAGGAUGUCCCUUGUCCAGGCAUAAAACAUAAACAAAGGAUGAUUUUCCCUGUUUUACCUAUAACUUGCCGGCUUCUUCUUUCGGAUGAAAACCUUCUGGUGGCAAGACCGGAAACUAUCGGGGAAAGGCAAACUUCAUUCUUUUAUACAUUACGUUUCUUUACAGCAAUUUACUGAAUGUUUUUGUGUGUGUGUGCGCGUGUGGAGGUCUGAUGGAUACAGAAUGCUUAGAAUUGUGUAUGUGUGGGGUGAUGAGUGGUGAAUAAUGAUUUUGAUUAUUGAUUAUAUAUAUUUUUCAUAAUUUUUCUGUUAAAUGUAAAUAGUAUGAAAACACUAUCUUUUCGAAUUUUUCAUAUCGCUCAACAUUUUUUUCUCAGCAAAAUAAGUACACCGAUUUCAAUACUGAGAAAUAUAAAUUUUUUUCAUCACGGCGUAUUACUACUCGUAAUAUAAAGCCUCAUAAUGACUCUUACAACAUGAACAAAAAAGAAAAAACUCUUAUUAUUUUUUAUUAUUAUUCUACUUUUCUGCUUUUUCCUACUUCUUUUUUCUGGACUUAUCAUCAAUGUGGUUAUUGAAUCUUUUUACUGCCAGGUUCAAAUAAAACAUUUUAGAGUAAGUGAGAGUUAUCGUGCACUCUUUCAAAAGCUUCUUGUUCUUAUAUUUAUUUAGGUUGUCUAGUGUAUAUACACAUAGUCAGCUUCAUCAGUAAUUAUGUAUUACAUAGAGCCUUUUCAGGGAAGUACAUGACAAUAGCUUUCGUUUCACUAGUCUUCGUCAUCUUUACAUGUCCUUUGUGGUGAAACAGCGAGUGUUUUAUAAAAUCUGAUAUUUUGAACACUAAACAUUAUUGUUACCAAAAAUCGGAAAACUAUUAUUCUUUCUUUUCCCCAUUUUAAAACUUUUUUUUUGAUGUGCACAUAUUUAAACUGCGACCGGUUGAGCUAGAUGAUGGACCUGUGCAGACCAUUCAAAUCCCAACAAAACAUCUUUUACUUCCUUCCGACAUAUGUCAGAAAACGGUUUAACAUAUCUCCCGGGGUAGUUCCUGUCAGAUUUUAAUCAUUCCUUUAGUAAUGAAGAGGUUCUUUAUUCCUUAGUUCCUCAAAGCUUUCCUUCCAGUUGUUGAUGGCAUUGACAUGAUACGAAUAAAGAGUAAUAGGAUUUUAAAAUCUUCUUUUAGUGACAAGAUUUUCAAUGACACCCGCAUUCCCAUCGUUGAAGCAGUUAAUCAAAUUAAAUUAAAUCAUGCAUGCUCCCUUUAAUUACAGUUAUAGGCAAUAGGGUAAAUACCACGACAAUGUACAUAUGAAUUUGACAGUCGUUAAAAUUAAUUUAGGAGUCUAAUUUUUUGUUUUUCUCAGUUUUCUCAAUAAAAUAUAAUUUUAAAAAGUC